AUGAAUCCCGGAAGCCUUGUAAUCACUCUACUCUUCCUCCUAUCACCACCCAUCGCCGCCGUGGACUUCCUUUUCAACUCCUUUAACACAACCGCCAACCUCCUGCUAGUACGUGACGCCCGCAUCGAGCCACCGGUGAUCCGCUUAUCUAAUGAUUCCAAUCAGUGGUCAAUCGGCCGAGCUUUCUACUCAACGCCAAUUCAAAUGUUCCGGCAAGGAUCCAGUAACCUUACUGUAUUCUCGACGCAGUUCGUCUUUUCAAUCUUACCGGAAAUCAGCUCCAGCCCCGGUUUCGGCAUCACUUUCGUGUUAUCAAACAGCACCGAACCCAACGGAGCAAUCGGCGGUCAGUAUCUAGGAUUGUUCUCCAACUCCGCUGCACGAACUGUAGCUCCGCUUAUUGCCGUGGAGUUCGACACCGGUAUAAACACGGAAUUCAACGAGACGGAUGGAAAUCACGUCGGAAUUGACCUUAAUAAUAUUGAAUCAGAGGUGAAAGUUAGCGCCGGUUACUACAAUUCUACAGGGAAUUUAAUUUCGGUGGAUAUGCGAAAUGGGCAAAACGUACAUGCUUGGAUCGAAUUCGAUGGAUCUAGAACGGAAAUCAACGUUACAAUUGCUCCUGCGGGUAUGUCUAAGCCAAUCACACCGUUACUCACUUAUCGCAAUCCAGCUAUUGCUAAUUACGUAACUUCUGAUAUGUAUGUUGGAUUUUCUGCUUCUAAAACCACUUGGGUGGAAGCACAAAGGGUUCUGGCAUGGAGUUUUAGCGACACCGGCGUUGCAAGAAACAUCAAUACUACUAAUCUACCAGUUUUCUUACUUCAAUCCAAUUCAAAUUCUGGUUUAUCCACAGGAGCUAAGGUGGGUAUAAUAUGUGGUUCAGUGGCAUUCUUUCUAUGCCUGCUAGGUGUUUGUUAUUAUGUCUGGCUGAAACACAACUCCAGAAAUCAAGAAGAUGAAAUCGAAGACUGGGAGCUUGAGUAUUGGCCUCAUCGAUACUCAUACGAAGAGCUGAAAGAAGCCUCCAACGGAUUCUCAGACAAGGAAGUUCUUGGCGCAGGUGGAUUUGGUAAAGUUUACAAAGGAACAUUAACCAACAAGACAGAAGUCGCUGUAAAAUGCGUGAAUCACGACUCAAAACAAGGAUUGCGAGAAUUCAUGGCUGAGAUUUCAAGCAUGGGUAGACUUCAACACAAGAAUCUAGUUCAAAUGAGAGGUUGGUGUAGAAAAGGAAACGAAUUAUUACUCGUAUACGAUUACAUGCCAAACGGAAGCCUCAACACAUGGAUCUUCGAUAAACCAAAAAAAGUUUUAAAUUGGGAAGGGCGUAAGAAAGUGUUAACAGAUGUAGCCGAGGGUUUAAAUUACCUCCACCAUGGAUGGGAACAAGUGGUGGUUCAUAGAGACAUCAAAUCAAGCAAUGUGUUAUUAGGGUUUGAUAUGAGAGCUCGAUUGGGUGAUUUCGGAUUAGCGAAACUGUAUACACAUGGUGAAGAGCCUGGGACUACACGAGUGGUGGGUACCCUUGGGUAUUUAGCACCGGAAUUGGCCAUGCUUGCAUCUCCGACAACCGCCAGUGACGUUUACAGCUUUGGAGUGGUGGUGCUAGAGGUGGCAUGUGGCCGGAAACCUAUAGAAACGUGGCAGGAGAGAGAGGAGGAUGUUGUUUUAGUGGAUUUGGUUAGAGAGAAGUAUGAAGAGAGAAAGUUGGUUACAGUUGCAGAUGAGAGAAUUAAAGGGGAGUAUGACGUGGAAGAAAUGGAGGCGGUUUUGAAGCUAGGGUUAAGCUGUUGCCACCCUGAUCCGGUACACCGGCCCACCAUGAAGGAGGUGGUUGCGCUUUUGUUGGGUGAGGAUGCCACUCUUGCUACCAUAAUCAUGUAA